AUGCUUCGUUUCCUAGUUUUCAUUUUUGCAAUCACUGUAAGUAAUUUUCAUCAGAAAUUCGAAUUUAAAAAAUUUAUUUUUUGAAGAUUUGCCAUUGCGAAUUAUCCAAAGAAAAAGAGGAUAAAACCAUCAAAGAUUUAGAAGACAAAAUUGUGAAUGAUAUUGUGACCCAUAAAGUUAUGAUGUACAGUAAGACAUAUUGCCCAUACAGUAAGAAAUUGAAAGCGAUUCUUGCCACUUAUGAGAUUGAUGAUUUGAAAAUUGUGGAACUUGAUAAAUCUGGACACACUGAAGAGAUGCAGGUUAGUUCUAAAAAGAUCAGGGAGGUUGGGAACCGGUUUUGAAAUAUACUUCAGAGUUUUUUUUGAUUUUGAUUGAAAAUAUACGUGAUAGAAUCAACUUUGUCACAGUUUCGAUGAUCACUUUUUAAACAACGAGAACAUUAUUAAAUGAAUAAUCUUUUUCAGCAAAUUCUGAAAAAAUACUCUGGUCGAACAACUGUUCCUCAGCUUUUCAUCAGUGGAAGAUUCAUUGGUGGACACGACGAAACACGCGCAAUCGAAGAUAAAGGAGAAUUGCGACCACUUUUAGAAAAAGCCAACGCUUUGUGAGUUUGAAAUGAAAUUUCUUACUGCAUGUGAAUGAUCACCUACCCACACACCCACACACACUUUCACCCACCUAUCUGAAAUGUCUUUUCAGAUUCACUAACCGGGUUCACGUCAACGGUGCGUGA